AAACUCUAUUUCCUAUCAUCGUGGAUUGAUAUUUCAUUUUCUUUCUGAUUUCAAACAACACUCAAAUACAAAAACAGAACCUUACCCCCCCAAACUGCCACCGUAUAAGCAUGAGCAGCUCAUCCGCUUCCUCUCGCAAGGCACUUAGUAAGAUUGCUUGCAAUCGCCUGCAAAAAGAGCUGGUAGAGUGGCAGGUCAACCCUCUCUCCGGUUUCAAGCACAAAGCCACUGAUAAUCUUCAAAGGUGGGUAAUUGAAGUCAAUGGAGCUGCGGGAACUUUGUACGCCAAUGAAACCUAUCAGCUUCAGGUGGAUUUCCCUGAACAUUACCCUAUGGAAGCCCCUCAGGUGAUAUUCCUUCAACCAGCACCUAUCCAUCCACAUAUUUAUAGCAAUGGCCAUAUUUGUUUAGACAUCUUAUAUGAUUCAUGGUCCCCGGCCAUGACUGUUAGUUCUAUCUGUAUCAGCAUUCUCUCCAUGCUAUCAAGCGCAACUGCAAAGCAAUGUCCUGAAGACAACGAUCGCUAUGUAAAGAACUGUAGAAAUGGUCGAUCUCCGAAGCAGACCAGGUGGUGGUUCCAUGAUGAAAAAGUUUAAUUGGCAUCGGUGUCUUCCUGCAUCAACUAGUUUUAAUAAUUAUAGAUUAGACAGACAGAUUCCACUUUUAAGGAAAAUCAAAACAAAAGGAGAACGCAUUUUUCGAAUCAAAAGUAAAUGCUCGUUAACUCCUGUAAAUGAUUAUAUGCUACUGGUAUUUCGUAAGAGGAAGAGAAGAAGUUAAGACUU